AUGGAGUCGAACGCGCUCGCGUCUAGAAGGAAACAGUCGAAGCCGCAACGAGUUCACGACGAAAUGGGUACGUUUCUUUCUUAUUAUAAGUACACCUGAAGUUUCUGUUUUUACUCCUGCUCAAGAUGCUUCUGAUAAUUAAAUUUCAAUGUCAGAAUUGAUUCCUCGUUUUUUUCAAUAGACUAUGGACCAUAGUUUCCCAGUAAAAAGCGUCAAAAUUCGAAUAUUAGGCGCAAAGCAGCCUUAGGCUCUCAGAAAUCGCUCUCUUUCAAUACUCAUUUUUGGUGAACUACAAACUUCAACUUAGCUCCUCAUUUAGCGACAUUUUCGACGAAACGUUGAAGUUCCCCCACUAACUCGUGUCUCUUCACCAUUUUCCCUUUGAAUUCAUAAUCCGCCAGCCCACCCAACACUCAUUACUCCUUUGGCGCGAAACAUGAAGACAAAGGACCGACCUUGAAAUAUUUUGUGCCGCCAAAAGAAAUGCCAAAAGACGACCUCAUCAUAUUCGACUUUUUGAUAAGAAGGCCUGUUGCGAUUUCUUUUGCGAACAAUUUUCAUUUUUUGCUCCUUGGAAUGAAAAGAAACUCGAUUUUGAGGUUCAUUGAAGCUCUUUAGAAAUUUCUUUCAACUCGAAAGGUAGAGCGGAUAAACGGCCGAGAGUUCACACGCUACCGUAGCGCUUGAAGCCAUAUAAGGUCCUUCGUUCGUCAUAGCCGAGAGGAGAGCGAGAGAGAGAGAAGGAAACGAGGAAAGAUGCAGAGGACGGCUGUCGGUUAUUAUUCCGAGGGUCCGCCCCGUCGGCCUAUCCAAUCAUAAGCGUCCAGAAUCGCCCUAGGCGUCUGCAUAUCUCUGCGAGCAGCUUCGUUUUGCGCUCUGGCAAACGAUUAAAAGUCUUUUUUUGGGAGCAUAAUCUGAUAAACGUUACUGAAUUUAUACCAAGCUGUGAUUUGAGAAUAGAUUUUGAAUCUUUGAGCUUUUUUGUUCCCAGAAAAUUUUAUUUUUAGAGAAAAAAACGUUAUUUUUUUCCUUUUUUUACAAUGCAAAAUGUUUUUUUCGAAAAAAAGUUUACUAGGGAAUUUUUUUUUGUAAACAAAAAUUUGGCAUCCCAGAGUGGUCCCUAUAGGAGUUCGAAGGGAAAACAGCCCCUACAGGUGCUGAAAAAGUGGUCCCUCUAGGGGUUAGCCCCUGAAGCUCAAGUGGACCUUCUAGGGGUCUUUCAAUUUCAUUCAAAAAACGCUUUUUUAUUCAGUUUCUCCCAUGUAAAUUCUUCUUCGCUUAGAGUUCAUAACAAUUAUCGAAUAGCAUGUGCACUUUAGGGGUCACUAACUAAAACUCCUAUAGGGUCGACUUUUGAAAGCUUUAGUGGCCCCUAAAGGGAUUAUUAACGUGGUCCUAACAGCUGAUUGAUUCCGCUUUUCUUUUCUCAUUCCUCUCGUAUUUUGCAAUGUAGCCAAAGUGUUCUGAGAAGGACACCUUUGAGGAAUGUCAACAGUUUUCGAAGGAGCAACUCUGCGCCGACUUCGAAAUUUCCAACGCUAGUUUCAUUUUUUGUUACAACGGCCGUCGAUAUGAAGAGAUGGGUAUCUGCCUCGUCCUCUUUCCUCCGGCGACGAGAGGUCGCGAAACAACACCCAGUGCACCAGUCAUAAAUUCAUUUUGAUCGCUAUCGCCCUUAAAAACGUACGAAAUGCCGAUUGUUUGGCCUCGAAAAAAACAGCGACCGUUGGGUCGUUGGCAAAUGUAGCAUUUUUUUGAAGCUUCAAAAUAAGUUAGAGUUUUUUUUUCGCAUUUGAUCCUGAAAACGCUGUACCACGUGUAGUUAGAUGCGCGCAGCUGGAAAUGAUCUUCACAGAGAAAAAUUCUAUUUUCCAACUAAUUUAAUGAAUUCAUUCAAUUUUUCCAUUAAACCAUGAAAGAAAAGUGGCAAAAUGAGGAUUUUUCGCCUUUUUCACACAUUAAUUUUGGAGUUUAUUGCAAAUCGCUGAACAUUUCUUGAUGUACCAGAGGAAUAAUCUUAAUUUCUUCUUUUGAGCAAUUUUCUAGUUUCUAAAAAAGACAUAACGAAGGCGAAGAAAGCUAGGAAAAUCGGUUGGAACAAGCAAUUUUGAGAUCUCAUUUCUUCAAAGUUGAGAUUUUUAGAAAACUCGAAAUAGCCGUCAGAGAGGGAAAAAGAUAACUAGGUUUUCAAGAGAGAGAUGAUUUUGAACGGAAAGAAAGAUUCGAAACAGUUUUGUUUUUCAGCUGCGCUCUCUUGUUUACACGUGUUGGCCAUCUUUUACCACUUUUUUAAUGGUAAUUAUCGCUUUUCAAAUGAUGUAAAGAAGUUCAAAAUUUUUUCUCUAGCCUCCAGUUUGAACCAGAAAAUCACUUGACCUUAAAGACCUUAGCGUAGAGCAUAGGUAUCCCCGUAAAAUGCGAAAAAUCAACGCGGGACAUUCGAAAAAUGAAACAUGAGAUUGUUCGAUUAGCAAGGCCGCCAUCACAGAUUUUUGCGGAAGAUUCGGCCUUCCCAGAAGUUUAUUUUCGCCACCCCCGACGACGCAUUUUGAUUCGUGUUAGUCGUUGUUUGAAUCAUAAUCGAUAAGAAGAGAGCGUUUCAGCCCUGUAAAUCGACGUCCGGGCCGUUUACUCCAAACGCCACUCAUGAAUUAUUGUGUGUAUGAACGGGGCGCUUCUUUUUUUUUCUUUUUCUUUGGACGAACCUUCUCUUUGCCGCCUCUAAUUUGUGCUAAUUUCCAGCCAAGAGUCGCAACUUGGCGCCUGCGGGUUCCAUCAUAAAACUGCGGCCCUCAUUUUUCACGACGUCAAGAAAAAAAGGAGAAGAGAAGAGCGAAAGCCGAUCACAAAAGUAGUGCAUUUUAAGGCGCAAUUAAAUCGAAUCGCGACAAUUUUGGGUUUAUUUUAUGAUUGCGUGACAUUCGGCGCCGCAAAAAGUUUCCAAAAGGGAACCGUUGACCGGUGAAUAAUGGACCAACUCAAAGGCCUCUUUUUGUCUGAUUCAUCACAAGGUGACUUGGAAUUUAAUGACUUAUUCAAAUCGUCUGUAUCUCAGAUUUCUUGGCGGACGUUGCGGAAGAUGCGUUUUGAAAACCUGUUUUAAUAAUAGUUUUAUGAUUUAAAAAAAUUUAUGGCGUGUUCACCGGGAAAAAAAAAACGAAAAUUGGUUCGAAAUGCAAAAAAAUUGCUCCAAAAUAAAAAUUAGUACUGUUAACAGUGGAGCAACUUUGGCGCGCCGUUGAACACGAUUUUUCGUUUUGAAGCAUUUUCCAUUUCUCCGAUGAACACGCCAUUAAUUUUCGCGAAUUCGCUGUUUAUUAUUCUCAUGAAGUAUAAAAGAUAAUCUAAAGAACUUUUAAAACUAAAAAAAUGAUGUUUUCCUUGUUCGAUGAAGCAUUCUGGAACAUUCCUCUGCGAGAAUCCGCGAAACAAUUUGCUCCAAAACGCAAUUCCCCUCCGCGACCCAUGUAUAUGCCAACAAAUCAAGUCAACUUUGUCGAGUUAUCGCGCCACAACCCAAAUUGCUGAUUCGGACGACGUAUUGUGUGUUAAAAUGAUAAAAAUUGACGAGUAUGGGAAGCGACGUCGCGAAAUAGAUUCGCUCCAAAAAAGGUCUUUCGGCGAUUAUGAUCUCAGCGAUUGGACUGAAUUCGAAACUUUUUAAACGUAGUCUCAUUGAAGGAAAAUGAACAGAGUGAAAUUCCGGUCUGUUUAAGAGUUAUUAUCUUUGAUCCAAAAAUAGUUGAAAAAUAAGGCACGCCCCACCCAAUAACUCCGCCCAUAGGUUCGGAACGCAUUUUCAAAUUAUUUUAAAGUUAAACGUUUAAAUUUUACGAAUUUAUUCUACAAGUCUCAAUGAUUAUUUUUUUGUAUGGAGGAAUGUUCCAGCUUCAUCGAAAAUUUUUUUAUUAAAAAAAUUUUUUUAUUAUUUGAACCUCUUUUUUUCUUCUUCUUUUUGAAGGCAAAGUUUUCCUAAUGAAAAAAAUCGAAAAAUUUUUUUGCCCUUCAAAAAUAAAAAAAAUUGGCUCAUACGGUUCCAUUAUAUCUUUGAAGGCGAACAAUUUCGAAAAAAAAAACAUUUUCUCUUCUUGCUCAACUCUCGCUCAAAGCGGUGCAUUUUGAAAAGACAGUUUAACUUUUUUUUUAAAAACUUAAAGUUCAAGAUAAAAUAUUGAAGAGCACAAGGAUUAAAGAUAACUUUUCAUAAUCUUAAUCACGGUGUUUUUUUCAGGCGAAGUCCCGCCCAUUUUAUUCCGUAAAGUGUAGUGUGUCGUAUGCAUGCACCGCGGCGCUCUCGCACAUGCUACGUUCAAAAUAAUUUUCGGGAUAAUGUCAGGCUACGCUUCAAUCGAAAACUGAUCUUCUGAAAUCAAUUUCGGGCUUUCCCUUCCAUAUAGCCUUAAAUUGAGCAUAAGCAAGUGUUUUUUGGAACCCUGAGAAAUCAUUUGAAUGCAUUUUUGGUUGGUCUUCAGAAUCGGAUUACGGUAAUAUGCACUUUGGAGGCGGUCUGCGACGGAUGGCGUUUCCAUGAGCGUGAGCGUUUCUUCCUCGCAAAAAAAAGUUCGCAUAACGUUGUCUUUUUCUCUACGCUCUCCGUCGCGGUGCCUUCGCAUUAUAUUUUGUUGCGAUGCAAAGGACGCAAAAACGACGCAAAACGAGCGGAGAAAGGCAAAUUAUUAGUUGCGUUAAGACAGGUUUCCAAACCCAUAAAGCCGUGCAAAAUGCGAAUGGCGAGGCCACGGACACGCCGAAUGGGGCAUGUUCGAAAGGCGGCGUGUGAGGGACGGUGAACCAAAAAAAAUGUUAACGAGCCCAUGUCGAUUGUUGCGAUUUAAUGGUCAGAGGCUGGCCGUAGCGAGGGAAAAAAAAGACGUGGAGGAAAAUAAGUUUUCCUUUUUUCAGAUGGUAGCGAGGACGACACGAUGAGCCUGGUUAUGCCGAUGGAUCUGUCGACGACGUCGCGCAAGGAGAAGACGAUCCUCGAAGACAAGUCCAACCUUCUGCAGACGUUCGCCUCCUUCGCCACCCCUCAGCAGGUAUCUCCAACUGAUUCUUCUGAGCUCGAAACACCGAGCAAAUUCCCGAAAUUGUGCUCUUAGUGGAGCCUUUUCCAUCAAGUUCAGUCCCUCAUUUUCAGUUUCUUUUCGAAUUGAGGAAAUGAUUUAAAUCGACCUUUUUUGAAUAUAAUAUUUUAAAACCGGUUUUCAUGUUAUUCGGCUGUUUGCUGUAGCGUUGUGGAGUUUGUUUUAGAAAAUUAGAUUUUUUUUUCAAGUUUGGAUUUUAGGAAAGGCUUUGAGGAGGUUUUAGCAAAUUUGCAGUGAAUUGCGAGUCACAUCGGAAGUAGAGUGGUCUUUAUAGAGGCAAUCAUACCUCUCUAGGGACAACUUUACGAACCAGGGUGCCACUAAAGCUUGCAAAGUGCUUCCUAAAGGGCUUCAGUUAGUGGCCCCUAAAGGGGACAUGCUAAUAGAUAAUUUUUAUGCACAUUAUGCGAAGAAGAAUUUCCAUGCGAAAAAAAUAAACAAAUAAGCGUUUUCGGACAAAAUUGAAAGAGCCCUAAAGGGAUCACAUGAGCUAUGUGUAGCUGAGGGGUCAGACCCUAAACCCCUAUAGGGACCACUUUUCAGCACCUAUAGGGGCUGUUUUUCCCCCCUAAGCCCUAUAGGGAUCCUUCUGAAAUUUCUCAGAAAAUUAACUUCCUUGACAGAAUAGAAUACAUUUUUGAAGUUUUCUUCAGCAAGGUACUGUCAGAAUUUGAAAACUAAGUAAGGGAGAUAUACUCGCAAAAGCGAUCUUCAAGUUUUAAAGAAAUCUGAGGUUCAUUCUUGUAGCUUCUGAAUCUGUGUGCUCAACUAGCGGCUGGACGAGAAGAGAAGCUCGAAGGCGUGACUCCCCGUCGAGAUCCUCCCAGCGACUUCGUCUGUCCGGGAAACCGCUGCUCCCAGGUUCGUGUUUUUCUCAGCGCGGAUACGGUAGCCAGAGUUAUAAUUUUCGACUCAAUACAUGUAUUCUGGCGCUCUCUCUCCCUCUCAAAAGCAGAUUUUGUGGAGCGAGCGCUGCCAAAUAUUUUCAAAAUGGACCGACGUCAAUCGAAGAGGGCGGCUGAGACCCUCAAUUACCUUCGAUCAUAUAAUUAAAUGAUCAAUCCAAAGAGAUUCUAGAAAAAAGAACCAUCCGGGGAUCGAGAAGGAAAUCUGGGUUUUCAGAGUUUCGCCUCGCGAGGUGCGCUCACGUGGCACGUGCUGAACCGUCACCAGGAGGACGGCGACAGUCUGAGAUGCGAACAGUGCGGCGUCUCCUUUUCCCAGGCCAACGAGGUUUAUAGUUACCCACUUUUUGGUAAACAAGGGACCAGACAAAGGUAAAUCGAUGCAAGUAGGUACCAGGUAGCGACCUACUUACUAGCUGCUUUCAUGAUACCGAAAAGCAUACACUCGUCAGAAAUCAUACACGGUAGCAUCGCGAUACCUCUCCGGUAGUAUACAGGUACCAUAGAGAUAGUACCAGGUCGCAUACAAACGACCACCGAUUAGCAUACGACGAUUGAAUUUGAAGUUGCUAUAGCCUGUAUACCUGGAUUUUAACGGAACGACAUUCCGCUGUGCCGCUCCACGCCUUUGCGAACCUUGGUCGCGCUUUUAAUUUUCUUUUUCUUUUGAAAGGCUCCCAAAGCAAUAAAAAUAAAUUGAAAUCCUGGAUUCGAAAGACGCUUCACGAACGCACGCAGCGGAACAGCGGAAUGUCGUUCCGUGAAAUUUCAAAUCGUGGCACACAGACUAUACCUGGUAUAUCUCUGUAUCGACCUCUCGAUUGACCAGUGGACUUUUCAAAAAUUUUUUUCCUUUCUAAACAAUAUCUUCAAUGAAAGUUGAUCUGAUUAUCAAGUUUUUUCUGAUUAUGACUUGGUUUUCAGUUAUUUACAGUCACUUCCUGUUCGAAUAAAAAAUUUGAAAAUUCGAGAUUCGAGACCACGCAUGCGAUGCCGGCUCGAACAGAUGCUCCUCAGCCAACGCCGCUUCAGCCUCGCUUCCCCCUCCUCACGUCUUCUGCUCGGCGUCUGCUCCGGCUUCUCCCGCUCCCGACUUUACCGUGAAGACCAGAGCAACGACGCCGGCCCAGGAUACCCAGUCCACGUCUUCUGCCGAUUUCAUGGGCGAAAUUUUGAGAAACGACGUUAAAGUAAUUUUCCCUUUCUGGAUGAAGAUCAGGUUUAACUCAGACAGAAGACGAGCAACACAUUGACGGGACACCCUCGUUCCCUUUCCCUCACAUGCCACACUUCAUGGGAGCCUCUCCUAAUAUGCCAACUUGUAAGGAACUCUCAGUUGGUCCAAAAAUCCACGCUUUGCAGUUAUGAUACGGCCGCCUUUCGACCCGAGAAUGGAGAUGUUUGCCGGCAAGCACGACCCUGAGGACGACUGGGAGGCCUUGAUGGAGAUCUCGACGAGCGAUGAAGCCGAGAAGAUCCGGGCGCUCGUCGGCGACAAGGCCUUGCCGACGACGGACCCCAACCAGUGCAUUCUGUGUCGGAGGGUGCUCUCCUGCAAGUCCGCUCUCCAGAUGCACUACCGUACCCACACCGGCGAACGGCCUUUUAAGUGCAAAAUCUGCCAGCGCGCGUUCACCACCAAGGGAAAUCUAAAGACGCACAUGGGCGUCCACAGGGCCAAACAUUCUUUUCGAGGUCAGAAAUUAACCAAAACUCACAAUUCUGCAAGCUUUUCUGAAAGUAAAGUUAAAAAAGUUAACCCCUGAAGUCAAGAGAAUCGUUAAAAAUUCACUUUUUCAAAUGUGCGAUUUCCGUUUUACAUAUUUUAUAUCCGAAUGCUUCCAGUUCUCGAAAUAAUUUCACUAAUUAAAAAAAAAGAUUUCAAUCUGAUUAUCAACAAGAUUGAAAUAACCAUUUUCUUCUUCUAAAAAUAUAAAAAUAGUGAUGAGAUAUAAUGAAGAAAUGCUACGUUCUUAUAAUACUCGAUUCAUACCAAAACACUUCCGAAGACUCAAAAUUAUGGGCGGUUGCAAUCAGAAUUGAAAAGACUCUUUGUAGGGUUGCCAAUGGGUUUGCCGCCUCCGAUGACGGCUAUAAAUCGCGUUCCUCCGCACGUUCAGCCACCGAUCCAGGCGUCGCAGCAAUGUCCGAUUUGUCAAAAACGGUAAACGACGUCCUGAAAACAUUAGAAGCCAGGAGUUUUGCAGAGUGGCAAACGCGAUGGAGAUGCAAGCACACAUCGGAGAACACAGGAACGCCCUCACCCAGCGAAUGGCUCCUCCGACACCUGAAGUUCCCGUCGUCGGGUUCGUCGACGACAUCUCAAGCUCCCUAGAUCAAAAAAUGUUCCAGAAGUUCUUUUUCCGGCGGAUUUCCCUUCGUCCCCUUCUUUCCUUCACCCAUCGCCUCUCUGCCAACAACGCCCACGAUGAAUCCCUCGCCCUUCAACCUAGCUCACAUUUUGGCAAAACAGAUCGAGUCGAACCGAAAAAGCGAGCCUGUGGAUUCAUUACAACCUGAGACGACGUACGUUCAAUUCUAAUGAAUGCAAAAAAGAAUUAAUUUUAGGUAUAUCAACGACCAUCCUGAACCUUCGAAGGCAACUGAAACCUCGACAGAACCCGACCAGGUACCAAACACCUCUGCCGCGUCGCUGUCGCCACCAUCCGAAAGUAGCGACUCCUCAUUCCGACAUGAACAGUAAUUAUAACGUCGAAUUCGGAAAAUUGAAUUUCUUUUGAAGAUCCCACGAUGGUUUUCCAAAAGUGAAAGAGGAGGUAGAAUCGGAAGAAAUGCGAUCACCCAAUGAAAGCGUCGACGAGACUUCUGAGGCGACUAAAGCUCCUGCUGCGACGGCCACCGUGACGAUCUUAGAAGCAGAGAAGCAGUCUGAAAAUCCUCUGCUAGCGAUGCAGAAGAUGUGGGCCGAAACCGAGCCUCCGCCACCACGGCAGGUUCGUUUUGUUGCGAGAAGACAUGAAAUAAGGGUUUGAGAUCAGAACUUUUUCCCUUUAUUCAGAACAUGAGAAACUCAGUUCAGCCGUAUUCUAGAGGACCAGCCAUUUGAUUUUUAAUAGGGUUAUGACGCCUAAUCUUGUUUUAUUCGGUUGUGGUGGAAAAUGGGAGAGGCAGCAAAAAUGGUGCAUAAGAGGUGAUGAAAUGGCGCAAAAAGGCAGCAAAAAAGGAGUUUUUGCCACCCUAAAAGGAAAAUUUCUAUGGACCCUUUUUCCACCCUUUCCGACUUUGCCUAUGGUUGAAAAGAGCAAAAUAAAAUUUGAUAGUUUGGGUCCAGUUUUAGUUAUAGUUCAGUUUCAGUUGUGUACACAAUUAUUGGUGAGAAACUUGGAUUAAAAAUUACCAAUUGGGUCUCGAAUCAUUUAAUAAUAAACUGAAAGGCGACGUUGCAGAUGCCAGUUCUUUCAAAACACCAAUGCGCGGUCUGCUUCAAGCACUUCAGUUCGAGCUCAGCCCUGCAGAUCCACAUGCGGACGCACACUGGUAAGCUAUCAUAAGAUUCUCGAAUACCUAGCCCUUGCAGGAGACAAGCCCUUCAAGUGCGAAAUGUGCGGGAGAGCGUUCACGACGCGCGGCAACCUCAAAGUCCACAUGGGAACACAUGUCUGGCAGCAAAGUCCCAGUCGUCGAGGUUUCUUUUUUGGCGAAGGCCCCAUUUUUCUGUCCUUUCCGAUCAAAAAAAGGAAAGUUGCGUUUCAGGUAGACGGAUAUUCGAGAUAGGAAGCUCAGGUGAAGGCAUGAAGCCGGCGCCGCCACUGGGUCUCGCAUCUCUGCCGCUUUUCCCGCCCACAUCACUUCCUAACAUGGAGAUGAUGAUGAUGUUGUGGCGAACGGUUUGCUCCGUUUGUCAGAAGGUCAGUGAGCCUCUCCAACUUCACGUGUCUCACCUGACGCUUUCAGGUCUGUUCAUCGCCCUCAGAGCUCGAGCAACACCUCAAGGAGCACCUGAGCGCUUCGAUUCCCCUCCAGUCGACGUCGCCCUCUUCUCAGUCAUGA